CUCACCACACCCAAUAACCCACAUCUCUACGUUUCGCCCCACUCUCUCUUUAACCCAGAAGUCUCAGGCGAAGCAAAACAAUCCAUUUUGAUCCCGUAACUCAGAUCACCGUCAUCCACUGUCCACCGUCUCCGCCCAUGAGUACUCCAGCAGUUCCGGGGAGCUCUGGUUUGUUUACUGGAUUCACCAAGCUAUGCAAGGGCUUAGCCGUCGUGCUAAUUGGCGGGCAUAUCUUGGUUCAGGUUUUUCCUGCGGCUGUUAACUAUCUUGCUCUUAUUCCAGCCAGGACAAUACCUUUUGCCUGGAAUCUCUUAACUGCUGGUUAUGUUGAACAGUCAGUAUACGGGGUUGUUGUCAGCACAGUUGGUCUUCUUUUUGUUGGGAAGCUGCUUGAACCCAUAUGGGGCUCUAGAGAAUUUUUGAAGUUCAUCUUUAUAGUCAAUUUUCUAACUUCUUUAUGUGUUUUUAUCACAGCGAUUGCCCUGUACUAUAUUAUGCAGGAGGAAAUUUAUCUUUAUUUCCCUGUAUCUGGUUUCUAUGGGAUUCUAGCUGGGUUCUUGGUUGGGAUCAAACAAAUCAUACCUGAUCAAGAGUUACCUGUACUGAAACUAAGAGCUAAGUGGUUACCGUCUCUUGCUGUAUUUGUAUCCAUUGCUGUAAGCUUUUGGACAACUGGGGCAGCAACAUAUCUUCCAACAAUAAUAUUUGGGACAUACAUCAGCUGGAUUUAUCUGAGAUACUGGCAGAGGAAACCUGAAGCAAAACUGAAAGGCGAUCCAAGUGAUGAUUUUGCAUUCUCUACAUUCUUCCCUGAACUUUUACGGCCAGUCAUUGAUCCAGUUGCAUCAGUAUUUCAUCGUCUUCUUUGUGGAAGAUCUGAAUCCCCUAACAAUGCUGAGGACUAUACUGCUGGAGGCACCCCGCUGCCCGGUUCAGAUCCCAUUGAGGCAUCUCGAAGGAGAGAACGGGGAGCUAGAGCUUUGGAAGAAAGACUGGCUGCUGAGAAACUGGCUGCAGCCAGAAUUGCUCAAGAGUCGGGAAGGGAUGCAACGGAUAGCGUCUGAUUGAUUAUAUGUGGUCAUCUGCUAGGGCCUAUGUUUGUUGAUUAACUUGGGGACUGUGCAGUACAUCAAGAGGUCCUCUUUUCUUUUUUCUAAGAUACAAUUUUGUUUUGCACAUUCCUUAUGUGAUAAAGAGUUACAAAAAAAAAAAAAAAUAUGUUGCUUCGUUUGUGCUUUGCAGCAUUGGGGAUUUUAUCUGUAUACAGCCGGAUAUAUAUAUAUAUACGAGUAGAAUUUCAUCAA